UGUCCCCUUCGCUUCUGAGAACAAAAGAAAAUUCUCACCAAGGCGGCGCGACGCCGGCGGCCGUGCGUGAAGCUGCGGAGGUGCGGCCGCUGUUGGAAACCGGUGGAAAUGCCGCCCUACCUCGUCUACGGCGCGGGGAACGCCCUGAGGCGCGUUCGCUGAUGGCCCGCGCGGCGAGGAAUGGCGCCGCGGCCGCGCUGCUCUCGCCGCCGCCGAGUUUCUCCUCUCCCUCCUCCGCCGGGCUCCUGCCGCGGGCCCGUGACCUCCUCGGAAGGGCGAAGGAAUCAGCCUUGUCUGGGACGCCCCGGGAGCGCGCGCACGGCUCUGUUAUGGCCUGCCUGUUCAGAGCCCGUGGCUUCCACGGCGCGCGCGGGGCGUUCGACGGAACGCCUACGAGGAGCCUGCCGGCGUGGACGGCGAUCAUCUCCGGCUGUGCGCGCGGAGGCAGGCACGCGGACGGCAUGCGCGCGUUCGCGGAGAUGCUGGGCGGAGGCGGCGCGGCCGCGCCCAACGCCUUCGUCCUCGCGGGUGUCCUCCGGUGCUGCGCGGGGCUCGGCGACGUGGAGUCCGGCAGGCGCGUGCACGGGUGGAUGCUGCGGAGCGGCGUGCGCCAGGACGUGGUGCUCUGCAACGCGGUCCUCGACAUGUACGCCAAGUGCGGCCACCACGACCGCGCCAGGCGGGCGUUCGGGGCGAUGGCGGAGAAGGACGCAGUCUCCUGGAACAUCGUGCUCAGUGCGUGUCUGCAGGGCGGGGACGUUCUGGGGGCCAUGCGGUUGUUCGAUCAGUCGCCGUUGCGGGACAUUUCGAGCUGGAACACGAUCAUCAGCGGCCUUAUGCGGAACGGGCGUGCUGCUGAGGCGUUGGAUCGUCUGCAGCUAAUGGUGCGAGCUGGGGUUGUAUUCAAUCACUAUACGUACUCCACAGCGUUUUCCUUGGCCGGGAUGCUGUCAUUGAUGGACCUGGGCCGGCAGCUCCAUGGUCGUGUAGUGAUGGCUGCGCUGGAGGACGACGCAUUUGUCUGCAGCUCUCUCAUGGAUAUGUACUGCAAAUGUGGUGAAAUGAAGGCUGCUUUGUCAAUCUUUGAUCGCUGGUCGCGGUCCACAGGAGACGUGAAAUUUGCAUGGAGCACGAUGGUCGCCGGGUAUGUCCAGAAUGGCAGGGAGGAGGAAGCUAUUGAGUUCUUCCGCAGGAUGCAACGUGAAGGAGUUCCUGCGGAGCCGUUCAUUCUCACCAGUGUAGCUGCAGCGUGUGCAAAUGCAGGAAUGGUUGAGCAAGGCAGGCAAGUGCACGGACUUGUCGAGAGGCUGGGCCACAGAUUUGACACGCCAUUGGCAUCUGCCAUUGUUGACAUGUAUUCAAAGUGUGGCAGCCUUGAGGAUGCUUGCAGGAUAUUCGACAGCGUUGAGGCCAAGAACGUUACUCUCUGGACUACAAUGAUUUGCUCAUAUGCAUCCUACGGGCAAGGAGCAAUGUCUAUAGAGAUCUUCAACAGAAUGGAAGAGGAAAAGAUUACACCAAAUGAGAUAACCCUUGUCGCUGUUCUGUCAGCUUGUAGCCAUAGUGGAUUGGUCAGUGAAGGAGAUCACUACUUCAAGCUUAUGCAAGAAGAGUAUGGAAUUGUUCCAGGUACUGAGCACUACAAUUGCAUGGUUGAUCUUUAUGGUCGAGCUGGACUACUUGACAAGGCAAAGAAUUUCAUUGAGGAAAAUAACAUCAGCCAUGAAGCUAUUGUUUGGAAGACAUUGCUGUCAGCCUGUCGACUUCACAAGCACAUGGAGUAUGCAGAAUUGGCUUCUGAAAAGUUGGUUCAACUAGGACAAUGUGAUGAUGGAUCAUAUGUUCUGAUGUCUAACAUGUAUGCCACCAACAGCAAAUGGCUUGACACUUUGAAGCUUAGAAGUUCAAUGCAAAAAAGGAAAGUCAGGAAGCAGCCAGGCCAAUCUUGGAUCCAUCUGAAGAAUGCUGUGCAUACAUUUAUUGCAGGGGACAUGGCACACCCGAGAUCGGUUGAAAUUUAUGCUUACUUGGAGAAGCUGAUGGAGAGGCUGAAGGAAAUGGGGUACACAAGUAGAACUGAUCUUGUGGUACAUGAUGUUGAGGAAGAACAGAGAGAAACAACUCUGAAGUUCCAUAGUGAGAGGCUUGCCAUUGCAUUUGGGAUCAUCAGCACCCCGAUUGGGAUGCCACUUCGAAUCUUCAAGAAUCUGCGUGUUUGCGAGGACUGCCAUGAGGCAAUCAAGUAUAUAAGCCGAGCCGUGGAUCGCGAGAUAGUUGUUCGAGACUUGUAUCGGUUUCAUCAUUUCAAGUCUGGUAGUUGCUCUUGUGAAGAUUUCUGGUGAAGGUUUUGCUCUAAUUAUUCUGGUGACAAAUUUUAGGCUGUACUUUAUCUGCACUUGUGCGCAACUCGUAGAGCUAGCAAUUGACAAAAGGAGCAAAGUUUGAUUAAUAGUGCAUGCCUUUAAGAUAUCUCGUGAGUCAUGAUAUCUACAUCUUCAGCUAGCUGCCUAGCUCGAUAUAAGAUUUUGCUGAGAGCUUCGGUGCACCAUCAUUCGCCGAAGGGGCAGGUCUGUAUUGUUUCUGAACAUUUGAGUUCUCCUCGCUUUGUGUGGAUCACUUGCUUAUCUGGCUUGAUUUCCAUUUCAACAAUUACCUGUUUUGUUACCUUUUGUUUUGUCCAGCUGUGUCCACUUUACAUGUCGAGCUUUCCUUGCACCAAGCUAUUUGUCAUGGACCCAGAUGACUUAGUUGCUUGCUACAGCUACAGGGCGUGUCUAGCUGUCUUCUUGAGCCAUUAUGUUGUCAGCAUGCCUCUGUUCACCUUUUGUGGGGCUAUAGAGUAAGUCUUGCCGUCUUGCUGCCACUCAUUUAGAUUUGAAAUUUUGCAGCCAGAAAGAGCUUGAGAGACAGAGGGCAGAAACUUAAGAGGAUCAGAGGUUGUGAUCACGACAAGGCUGCUCAGCCAUCAGAGAAGGAAACUGGCUUGCUUCUGGAAACACUGAGGUUCAAGCUGGGAGAUGCUCACCAGCUAAAGGGGAACCUCCUACCGUCUGGGGGAAAUCAAAAGGUAAGAGCUUGAAGCUCAUCUGGAUGAACUGAAGCUGCUCGAUCCGUUGCAUCAUCAGUGGGCUCGAUCUGGAUGAGCUGAAUGAAGCUUAGCCCAGCACUAGCGAUGUACUAGUAUCUACUGUAUGAUGUACCUAGGGGUGAAUACGUUGUAUGAACCAUGUCCCCGACUUUUCUCUAAUGCUGUAUGAGUCCAAGAAUUGAAGUGCA